UUCAACAUGGCGGCCAGAAUGUGGAUGUUGAGAACAGUUCUCCAAAGAAGUUCGCCUCGUACUCUCCGUCCACGAUGUAUCCCGUCUUCACAAGCUAUUUCAAAACUAUUUUCAACAUCAUCUCAUUCAAACUACACCGACAAGCCACGAUUCCCGGGAGCAAUAAACUGCGAAUUUAUAGAGGAAAUGGACUUUGUUGAUCCAAGUGAUCCACAAGGGAUUAUUCCAGUGUAUAGGGUUAUGGAUAGAAAUGGAAAAAUCCUUAAUGAAGAGCAUGACCCCAAGCUUGACAAAGACAUGAUUGUUGACAUGUACAAAAAAAUGACACUUCUCAACACUAUGGACCGUGUGCUAUAUGAAUCCCAGCGGCAAGGCCGUAUUUCAUUUUAUAUGACAAGCUAUGGAGAAGAGGGAACCCAUUUUGGAAGUGCAGCAGCACUAGACCCAGAGGACUUGAUUAUGGGCCAAUAUCGUGAAGCAGGAGUCCUGAUGUGGAGGGGUUUCACUUUGACAGAGUUUAUGAGUCAGUGCUAUGCCAAUGAGCAUGAUGUUGGCAAAGGACGUCAAAUGCCUGUGCAUUAUGGUUCAAAGAAAUUAAACUUUGUUACCAUUUCAUCAACAUUGGCUACACAAAUGCCUCAAGCUUCUGGUGCAGCAUAUGCCAUCAAGAGACAGGGCAAACCUAAUUGUGUUGUGUGCUAUUUUGGUGAUGGAGCUGCCAGUGAAGGAGAUGCUCAUGCAGCAUUGAACUUUGCAGCUACUCUAGAUGCACCUGUAGUGUUUUUCUGUCGUAAUAAUGGAUAUGCAAUAUCUACCCCAACACAUGAACAGUACAGAGGAGAUGGAAUUGCUUGUAGGGGAAGAAGUUAUGGGAUGUUAGCAAUAAGAGUUGAUGGCAAUGAUGUUUUUGCUGUGUAUAAUGUAACAAAGAAAGCAAGGGAAAUCUCUGUGAGUCAACAAAGACCGGUGUUAGUUGAAGCAAUGACAUACAGGAUUGGUCAUCACAGCACAAGUGAUGAUUCGUCUGUGUAUCGUUCACUUAAAGAAGUUAAUUACUGGGAUAAAGAGGAUCAUCCCAUUUCUAGACUGAGAUAUUACAUGGAAAACAACGAAUGGUGGAAUGAAGAACUAGAGAAGGACUGGAAAAAGGAAGCAAGACUCCAAGUCAUGAAAGCUUUCUCUGAUGCUGAAAAAGCCCUUAAACCAUCAGUCAAAGAAAUGUUUAAAGAUGUGUAUAAAGAAAUGCCAAAACACAUAGAAGAACAAUGUAAAGAAUGUUUGGAACAUGUUGCCAAGUAUCCUCAUGAGUAUCCAGUUGAUAUCUAUGCCAAAUAAGCCAUGUCUCAAUGAAUCAAUGGUCCUCUGAAAUGAAGGAGUACAUAUUUAUCCAUACAUUUUAACAAGUGCACCAGUGGAACUAAGGUAAUUUUUACAGUAAAGACACAGGGACUGGCAGUCAAAUUAUUGAGCGCUUCAAUGGUUUUCAUAUUGAAAUGCUAAUUUUUAGAGGAUGGCAGACAUUAGAAGAAACAGCAAAUUUAAGAUAUAAAUAAUUAAACUGUAAUUUGUUUGCUCAGACAUUGUUUCAAACUUUUGGAUCAUCUAAAAUAUUUGUUUGGCAUUGUCUUCCACAUUAAAUUAUUCACAUCUGUCCACACAGGAAGGUUUCUUUCAUUCAACUAAAGCAUGUAGAUCUUUAACUUCAUUGCAUGUCAAAAGCUGCCAAAAGUAAAAUUAUUUUAGAGCAUUGUGAACAUCUAAGGUAAUUAUAUUUUUAUUACAAAACCAUUGUGUCAAUAUUGAAUGAUAAUUAAGUGGUGUAAAGAAACUCUUCAAUGGAAUAAAGAUUGGAAGGUUAGAAUUUGCAUUUGUAUGAGAAACUAAUAUUGAAUAUACUGUAAUAUGGAUAAUCUGAUUGCUAUAGUUUUGUCAGAGACAAGACAUAAUUUAUCAGAAAAUAUUGUGAAUUUAUAUUUGGUGCAAUUAAAUAAACACCUUAUAUUUGUUGUCUCA